GCCUCUGGAAAGCCCGCAGCGCGAGCCAGAGGCCUCCCGAGCUUCGUUCCGGAAGCCCCGCCCACUCCCAGCGUUCAGUGCGGCGCUUUGGCCGCCAUUGUUUGAAUUUGAAAAGGAAAACAUUCCAGUGCUGCUCGCAGGCCGGGUGGCCUGGCGUAGGCAACGUUUGUAGAAUGGAAUCUAAUUUGAAUCAAGAGGGAGUACCGAGACCAUCUUAUGUUUUUAGUGCUGACCCAAUUGCAAGGCCUUCAGGAAUAAAUUUUGAUGGCAUUAAGCUUGAUCUCUCUCAUGAAUUUUCCUUAGUUGCUCCAAACACUGAAGCAAACAGUUUAGAAUCUAAAGAUUAUCUCCAGGUUUGUCUUCGAAUAAAACCAUUCACACAGUCAGAAAAAGAACAUGAAUCAGAGGGCUGUGUGCAUAUUCUGGAUUCACAGACCAUUCUGCUGAAAGACCCUCAAAACAUCCUUAGUCGGUUAAGUGAGAAAAGCUCUGGGCAGAUGGCACAGAAAUUCAGUUUUUCCAAGGUUUUUGGCCCAGGAACUACACAGAAAGAAUUCUUUCAGGGUUGUAUUAUACAGCCAAUAAAAGACCUCUUGAAAGGACAAAGUCGCCUGAUUUUUACUUAUGGGCUAACCAAUUCAGGAAAAACAUAUACAUUUCAAGGCACAGAAGAAAAUAUUGGCAUUCUGCCUCGAACUUUGAAUGUAUUAUUUGAUAGUCUUCAGGACAGACUGUAUACAAAGACGAACCUUAAACCACAUAGAUCCAGAGAAUACUUACGGUUAUCACUAGACCAAGAGAAAGAAGAAAUUGCUAGCAAAAGUGCAUUGCUUCGGCAAAUUAAAGAGGUUGUUAUGCAUAAUGACAGCUAUGAUACUGUUAACGGAAGUUUAACAAAUUCUUUGAAUAUUCCAGAGUUUGAAGAAUCCAUGAAAGAUUGUGAACAAGCUAGCUUGAAUAUGGAUAAUAAUAUAAAAUUUUCUGUGUGGGUUUCGUUCUUUGAGAUUUACAAUGAAUGUAUUUAUGACUUGUUUGUUCCUGUAUCAUCUAAAUUCCAAAAGAGGAAGAUGCUGCGCCUUUCCCAAGAUGUAAAGGGCUAUUCUUUUAUAAAAGAUCUACAAUGGAUUCAAGUAUUUGAUUCCAAAGAAGCAUAUAGACUUUUAAAACUAGGAAUAAAGAACCAGAGUAUUGCCUUCACAAAACUGAAUAAUGCUUCCAGUAGAAGUCACAGCAUAUUCACCAUUAGAAUAUUACAGAUCGAAGAUUCUGAAAUGUCUCGUGUACUUAGAGUCAGUGAAUUGUCUUUAUGCGAUCUUGCUGGUUCAGAACGAAGCAUGAAGACACAGAAUGAAGGUGAAAGGUUAAGAGAGACUGGGAACAUAAAUACUUCUUUAUUGACUCUGGGAAAGUGUAUCAAUGUUUUGAAGAACAGUGAAAAGUCAAAGUUUCAACAGCAUGUGCCUUUCCGGGAAAGUAAACUGACCCACUAUUUUCAAAGUUUUUUUAAUGGUAAAGGGAAAAUAUGUAUGAUUGUCAACAUCAGUCAAUGUUGUUUUGCCUAUGAUGAAACGCUCAAUGUAUUGAAGUUCUCAGCCAUUGCACAAAAAGUUUGUGUUCCAGACAAUUUAAAUUCAUCUCAAGAGAAAUCAUUUGGACCUGUCAAAUCUUCUCAAAAUGUAUCACUAGACAGGAAUUUGGAUAAUAAAAUAUUAAAUGUAAAAAGAGCCACCAUUUCAUGGGAAAAUAGUUUAGAAGAUUUGGUGGAAGAUGAAGAUUUGAUUGAGGAAUCAGAAAAUACUGAAGAAAACCAAAAUGUGAAAACUGAACUUACUGAUGAAGAUCUAGAUAAAACAUUAGAGGAAGAUAAUGCUUUCAAUAGCCACAAGGAGAACAGAAAACUGUUGGAUUUAAUAGAAGACUUGAAAAAAAAACUGAUAAAUGAAAAAAAAGAAAAGUUAACACUGGAAUUUAAAAUUCGAGAAGAAGUUACACAGGAGUUUACUCAAUAUUGGGCUCAACGGGAAGCUGACUUUAAGGAAACUCUCCUUCAGGAACGAGAGAUAUUAGAAGAAAAUGCUGAAUGUCGUUUGGCUAUCUUCAGAGAUUUGGUUGGUAAAUGUGACACUCAGGAAGAACCAACGAAUGGAGGUUGUGCCAUGAAAGUUGAAACUGAAGAAGCACAUGAUUAUGUAGGAUUUGAAGAUAUUAUUGAUUCUCUUCAAGAUAAUGUCGCUGAUAUUAAGAAACAGGCUGAAAUUGCUCACUCAUAUAUUGCAUCUCUUGCUGACCCCCAGGAAGCUCUUGCAUGUUUAGAACUAAAGUUUAAUCAAGUUAAGGCUGAAUUAGCUAAAACUGAAGAAGAAUUACUCAAAACCAAAGAAGAGCUAAAAAAGAGAGAAAACGAAUCAGAUUCAUUGGUACAAGAGCUUGAGACAUCUAAUAAGAAAAUAAUUAUGCAGAAUCAAAGAAUUCAAGAAUUGAUAGAUAUAAUUGAUCAAAAAGAAGACACUAUCAACAAAUUUCAGAACCUAAAGUUUCAUACAGAAAACACAUUAAAAGACAAUGAUAAGGCUGGUACAUCUUUAAUAGUAAACAAUAAAUUGACUUGUAAUGAAGCAGUUGAAGUGCCUAAGGUCAGCAGAACUAACACCUAUUCAGAAAGAAAAAGAUUAAAUGAAAAUGAACUUCAACAAGAUGAACCACCAGCAAAGAAAGGAUCAAUGCAUGUUAGUUCAACUAUCACUGAAGACCAAAAGAGAAAAGAAGAAAUGCAACAGAGCAUUUCAGAAAACAGGGAAGACAUUAGAGUUUUACAAGAAAAUAAUGAAGGGCUGAAAACACUUUUACUCAUUGUUGAGAAUGAACUUAAAAAUGAAAGGGAAGAAAAAGCAGAAUUAAAUAAACAGAUUGCUGGGUUGCAGCAGGAACUUUCUCUUUCUGAAAAAAAGACUUUAACUUUAAGUAUAGAGGUCCAACAAAUUCAGUCAAAUUAUGACAGUGCAAUUGCUGAAUUACGUGUGCAGAAAGGUAUAAAUCAAGAACAGGAGGAAAAGAUCAUGAAAUUGUCAAAAGAGAUAGAAAUUGCUACAAGAAGUAUUACAAAUAAUGUUUCACAAAUAAAAUUAAUGCAAACAAAAAUAGAUGAACUACGUACACUUGAUUCGAUUUCUCAGAUCUCAAACAUAGAUUUACUCAAUUUCAGAGAUCUAUCAAAUGGUUUACAGGAAGAUAAUUUGCUAAAUACACAGUUGCAUCUUUUAGGUAAUGAUUACUUGGUGAGUAAGCAAGUUAAAGAAUGUCCUAUUCAAGAACUCAGCAGGGAAAGUGCUUUCCACUCUAGUAUUGAAGCUAUUUGGGAAGAAUGUAAGGAGAUUGUGAAGGCCUCCUCCAAAAAAAGUCAUCAGAUCCAGGAACUGCAACAACAAAUUGAAAAAUUACAGGCAGAAGUAGAAGGCUAUAAGGAUGAAAACAAUAGACUAAAAAUAGAGGAGAGGGAGCAUAAAAAUCAGAGUAACCUACUAAAAGAAAAAGAAAAUCUUAUACAGCAGCUGAAAGAAGAACUGCAAGAAAAAACCUUUAAUCUUGGUGUUCAAGCACAACAUGUAGUUGAAGGAAAGAGAGCACUUUCAGAACUUACAGAAGUUGUUACUUGCUCUAAGGCAAAAAUAAAGGAACUUGAAACAAUCUUAGAGACUCAAAAAGAUGAGUGUAGGCAUUCAGCCAAGUUAGAACAAGACAUUUUGGAAAAGGAAUCUGUCAUCUUAAAGCUAGAACGAAAUCUGAAGGAAUUUCAAGCAAAUCUUCAGGAUUCUAUCAAAAACAUCAAAGAUUUAAGUGAAAAGGAAAUCAAGUUGAAAGAAGAAAUCACGCAAUUAACAAAUAAUUUGCAAGAUGUGAAGUAUUCUCUUCAAUUAAAGGAAGAAGAAAAAGAAACCAUCAGACAAGAAAAAGAAAAAUUGAAAGAGGAGCUUUCUGCAAGCUCUGCUCUUACCCACAAUCUAAAAGUGGAUCUUCAUAGGAAGGAAGAAGAUUAUGCUGAGCUGAAAGAAAAACUGAGUGAUGCCAAAAAGCAGAUUGAACAAGUACAGAAAGAGAUAUCUGUAAUGCGUGAUGAGGAGAAAUUGUUGAGGAUUAAAAUUAAUGAACUGGAGAGAAAGAAAAACCAGUCUUCUCAGGAAAUAGAUAUGAAACAGCGAACUAUUCAGCAACUCAAGGAGCAGUUAAGUAAUCAGAAAGUGGAGGAAGAAGCUAUACAUCAGUAUGAGAAAGUGUGCAAAGAUCUAAGUGUUAAAGAGAAAAUAAUUGAAGGCAUGCGAAUGACACUGGAAGAACAAGAACAAACUCAGGUAGAACAAGAUCAAAUGCUUGAAGCUAAAUUAGAGGAAAUUGAAAGACUGUUCACAGAAUUGGAAAAAUGGAAGGAAAAAUGUAAAGAUCUGGAAACUAAAAGUGAUCAAAAGUCAAAUAAAGAACUUGAGGACAACACUGACAUACUUAGUAAAAAGCUCAGUAAUCUUCAAGAGGAGUUGCAGGAGUCUGAACAGAAAUAUAAAGCUGAUAAAAAGAAAUGGUUAGAAGAAAAAAUGAUGCUUAUCACUCAAGCAAAAGAAGCAGAAAAUCUGCGAAACAAAGAGAUGAAAAAAUAUGCUGAAGACAGGGAGCGUUGUUUAAAGCAACAGAAUGAAGUGGAAAUACUAAAAGAACAGCUGACAAAGAAAGAUAGUGACCUUAAAAAGUGGCGAGAAGAACGGGAUCAGCUGGUUGCAGCUUUAGAAAUACAAAUGAAAGCACUGAUCUCCAAUAACACACAGAAAGAUAAUGAAAUUGAACAGUUAAAAAAGAUCACAUCAGAGGCUUCUAAAACAGAAAAUCAAACAAUGGCUAUCAAGCCCAGACAUAUUAGUUCAACAGAUCUUGGCAGAAUUGAAUCUGAACCUCACUCAACAAGUUUUGAAAUUUCUAGGAAUGAAAUAGAGGGUGGAUCUGUAGUUCUUGACUCUUGUGAAGUGUCAACAGAAAAUGAUCAAAGUACUCGAUUUCCAAAGCCUGAGUUAGAGAUUCAAUUUACACCUUUACGGCCAAACAAAAUGGCAGUGAAACACCCUGGUUGUACCACACCAGUGACAGUUAAGAUUUCCAAGGCUCGGAAAAGGAAGAGUAAUGAAAUGGAAGAGAUUAAUAUAUUUUUAAGCUGGUGGAAGAGCAGAAAUAGUAUUAACCAUACUCCUGAGGCUCUCUGUCAGGACUUGCUGAAAUGUGAAAAUAAGAAGAAUGCUACACCCAGAACUAAUUUGAAGUUCCCUGUUUUGGAGCAUAGAAAUUCUUCUGUCAGAAAGGAACAAAAGGUUUCUACGCGUACAUCAUCUAAGAAAACAUAUUCUUUACGGAGUCAGGCAUCCACAGUUGAUGUAAACUUGGCCACUAAGAAGAAAGAAGGAACUCUGCAGAAAUUUGGAGACUUCAUACAACGUUCUCCAACAAUUCUUCAAUCAAAAGCAAAGAAAAUACUUGAAACCAUGAGCUCUUCAAAGCUCUCAAAUGUAGAAGCAAGUAAAGAAAAUGUGUCUCAAUCAAAACGAGCCAAACGGAAAUUAUACACAAAUGAAAUUUCAUCUCCUAUUGAUAUAUCAGGCCAAGUGAUUCUAAUGGACCCAAAACUGAAGGAGAGUGAUCACCAGAUUCUCAAACGACGACUUCGAACAAAAACAGCGAAAUAAAUCACUUACGGAAAAUGUUUUAAUAUAAAUUUUGUAGUCAGAAUCAUUGUAACUUGCAUCCUGACUUUGUAAAGAUAAUUGUAUAUAUUGUGACACUUUAAAUCCCUCUGCAUAUAGAUUAUUUUAUACAUAGUAUAAUUUUAAUUCAAUAAAUAAGUCAACAAUCAA